ACUGAAACGCCACAAUCUCAAUGAUAGAAGCUUCUGCAAAAUUUACUUCCUCUCGCUUCUAUCGAAUCACCCAGAAAUCCGUAUCAGUUUCUCUCGUAUUCAGAUGCUCAAGCACCUCUUCAGUUGUCCAACCGCGGAAGCCUGAGGCUGGAUUUGAAAAUGAAGACCCAGAAGAGAGCAUCUCCAAUAGAACCUACUGGACGAAGAAGAUUCACAGACUCUGCACCAAGCACCGUAACGUCGAUGAUGCGCUUCGCCUUCUCCACCGUCUUACCCUUCGUGGGUACCGUCCCGACUCCCUCAAUCUCAGUAGCAUCAUUCACGCGCUUUGCGAUUCCCAUCGUUUCGUCGAAGCUCACCAACGGUUCUCUCUGUUCAUUGCUUCCGAUUGUGUCCCCGAUGAGCGGACUUGCAACGUGCUUAUCGCCAGGUUACUUGAUUCUCGAGAACCUCUCAGUACCUUGCUUGCCAUUCAGCGUUUGAUUGGCGUGAAGCCUGAGUUCGUACCCUCUUUAGUUAAUUAUAACCGUUUGAUGGAUCAGCUUUGCUCUAUUUCUCGACCCAGCGAAGCUCACAGAUUGUUUUUCGAUAUGAAGAAUAGAGGGCACUCGCCGAAUGAUGUUUCAUACACCACUCUGGUCAAUGGGUAUUGCAGGACGGGUGAGCUGAGGGAUGCGCGCAAGGUGUUUGAUGAAAUGAGCGAGCAUGGGGUAAUUCCUAAUUCUCUGACGUACAGCGUCAUGAUUCGUGGCAUUCUUCAGAAGCGAGAUCUUGAAGGUGGGAAGCAAAUGAUGUGCAAGUUAUGGGAGAGGAUGAAUAAUGAAGAGGACCAAGCACUGAAGACGGCGGCGUUUGCUAAUCUCAUUGAUUCUUUAUGUAGACAAGGGUUUUUCAAUGAAGUGUUUAGAAUUGCCGAAGAUUUGCCACAAGGGAAUAGUGUGAGUGAGGAAGUUGCCCUUGGGCAGAUGAUAGACUCGCUUUGUAAAGUAGGAAGAUAUCAUGGGGCCUCUAGGAUUGUUUAUAUAAUGAGGAAGAAAGGAUUUGCUCCAAGCGAUACAUCUUAUAAUUACAUCAUACAUGGCCUUAGCAAGGAUGGUGGCUGUAUGAGGGCUUUUCAGUUACUAGAGGAAGGGACUGAAGUUGGGUUCUUGCCGUCUGAAUAUACGUACAAGGAAUUAGUGACAGCCCUUUGUCAGGAGUCAGAUGUGGACAAGGCAAGGACAGUACUUAGACUCAUGCUGAAGAAAGGACGCGUUGACAAGACCAGAAUUUACAACAUAUACUUGAGGGCUCUUUGUCAUGUGAAUAAUCCAACUGAACUGUUAAAUGUACUUGUAUAUAUGCUAGAGAACCAGUGUGAGGCAGAUGUGAUUACUCUCAAUACAGUUAUCAGUGGGCUCUGCAAGAUGGGGAGGAUUGAAGAAGCCUUGAAGGUAUUGCAUGACAUGUUGGUGGGUAAAUUUUCUACUCCUGAUGUUGUGACCUUCACUACAAUAAUUUCUGGUUUAUUAAAUGUUGGACAAGUUGAUGGAGCUCUUGAUCUACUGCAUAGAGUAAUGCCUGAAAGAGGUUUAAAGCCUAGUGUUGUGACAUAUAAUGCUGUUCUUCAAGCCCUGUUCAAACUCGGCCUAUCAAACGAUGCCGUGAGCAUUUUCAAUACGAUGUUAAGAGACGGCAUUACUGCAGACCAUGCUACUCAUGCAAUCAUAGUAGAAGGCCUAUGUGAAUCCAACCAGAUAGAAGAGGCAAAGAACUUUUGGCACGGCAUUAUUUGGCCAUCAGGGAAUCAUGAUAAUUUUGUUUAUUCAGCAAUUCUGAAAGGGCUCUGCCGCUCUGGCAAGUUCAAUGAGGCUUGUCAUUUUUUAUAUGAACUGGUAGAUUCUGGAGUCUCUCCAAAUAUAUAUAGCUAUAAUAUAUUGAUUAACUGUGCGUGUAACCUUGGAUUGAAGAGAGAAGCAAACCAAAUUGUGGGAGAGAUGAAAAGGAAUGGACUGACCCCUGAUAGUGUAACAUGGAGGAUUCUUAACAAGUUAAAUGGUAGAGUCACGAAGCAUUCUUAUUCUGAAGAAUCAGCAAAAGAAAUGGACGAGGAAGCACUGCCAGGUUAGUGUGAAGGAGUGUGAAAUCUACGUCAGACACCGGUAACAAAUUAAGAAGCCAAAAUGUGGUCUGUGUUACUGUUCAGAGAAUAUCCAGGACAAGAACGGAGGAGCCCGAAAUCCGAAGGUCACACUGGAUGUAAGUAUUAACCAUGAAGAUGUGUGAUCAGGCCCUACCUGGACGGAUCUGCUGUGUAUAUGUAGUGUGGCGGUGUGGCCUUUGUAAUUAAAUUGGAAGAGACCGAGAAUUUGACAUGGAACUCAUUUAAAUCGUUCAGGGAGAGCAGCUAUUUCCAGAAGACACAUGAUUUAGUAGUCAUGGAAAUUUUCCAAUCCUGAAG